AUGGGCGUAUUACUGAACUCGGCUUAUCUACUAGACAUGUCUAUAAACCAACCGCACGUCUCAACGACAAUAAGAAAUUCAGAUGGUGGUGUGGACGUAAGACGAGACGACGAACGAACGUGUCGCGACGGACUCAAUGUAGGUCGUCGUAGUCAAUUGAACGGUUCACGAACAGAUUGGCAACAUGUCAAUUAUGUAGUCUGCACCGGCUUCCCGCUCUUCCAGAUUCUAUACAUCGUUCUACAAAAUCGUAUGAACAAAUUCUAUGUUAAUUCUGCAUAUCUUCUGAGGUCAGUUGCUGUUGCUCACUUCCCUGCCGUGUUGCGGCUUUCAAACUUUGCUGGUAAAGUGGAUAGGAAGGAUGAGAUGGAUGAAGUGGGUAAGAUGGAUGAGAUGGAAGAAGUGGGCAAACACGAAUGCAGUAACGUUACAUCAAACCGCUGGGCAAAUCAUAAUUUCUCUAAUGAUAACAACUUUUUUGCUAAUGCCAAACAGUGCAGAGUGUUGCAAUGCAACUUCAGACCUCUCUCUGAUGUUAUGUUGAGGUUCCCUCUUCUUUUUAUGCUACGCACUUCUAAUGAGAAACUUUUCUCUUCAGAAACCACCACAGAAAAAUUCAACGAAAAAUUGUUAUACAAAAAAAAAGUUAAUAAUCAUUUCAUAACUGCCGGCGAGCAGCUCAGUGGGGUUGAAGCCGCCCACGCUGUUGCUGAGUAG